CUCUGGACGGCCAGCAACGAGUGACGUCCGAUUGAGUAAUUGCAUCAACCAAGAUGAACGUAUUUGUUUUGAUUGCGCUCCUCUGCGUCUUCCUUGGGGCCAGCCUCGGGAAAGAAACCACAAGAAGCCCUCAGCCUGAUGUCAACAACAUUGAAUACGCUGAUCAUGGAUUCUACAGGAGUUCUUUCAUUGGAAACGACGAGUACUUCGACAAGCAUUGGAACAGUCUUUGCGGCUAUUUCCCGCUCAUAGUCACCAAGGACAGUGGACUCGAUCCCCCCUUCCACCUUAAAUUCAACUUCACUUUCUUCGGCCGGAGCUAUUCGCAAGUCCACGUGUCGCCGCACGGCUUCCUCAGCAUCGGCAAGGAUCGACUGGCUAACCCCGCCGCCACGCAGUAUGCAGCACCCCUUAUGGCCCCCUUCGAGGGUCCAAGGAGAUACUACAUUUGCAACGGAGAAAAGAAGUUCACCGCCGUGUGGCUGGACAUGGCUACCCCGGAUGAUCCGAACACCCAGUUUUUAUUUGCAAUCACUCUCUACGACAACGAUGACAUUGCUUUUUCUUACAAAGAGGUUCCCAAGCCAAUUAAAUCUAUUGCAACAUCACCAGUCAAAGUUGGACUCAGCGACGCGUUUACCGCCUACUUCGAGAAUCCCAAGUCCGACGAUUCUUCAGACACAACGUACAACAGCAUUUCCUUCAUUAACUACGACAUCAAGAACAAGACUGUCAUCAAACUGGAACGGCUUCCAACUUGCAGUGAUCACUCCAACUGCCGAAGCUGCGUCAGUGCUGACUCUAACUUGAACUGCGUGUGGUGUGCAUUAUUGCAGAGGUGUGGGGCGUUUGACUCAAAUCUCAACCCAUGGUAUAAAUGGGUGUGUCAACGUUACACCAUCCAGAAACCAUCGCAGUGCCACACAGAGCAUUUUUUGCUAUCCAAGGUGGACAACUCCAUCGACUGGGCCAAAUAACAAAUCCUCUCUUAUCAGUUCACCCGUAACUUACCUCCGUAUUUUUAGACGAUCCCUUAGCAAAGAAUUAGUGCACGUCAAAUUGUUCCAUUAUUUUAUUUUAGUCGGUAAAUCAAUUAGAUCACUAUUGGGAAGUUCAAACAGGAAAUAAAUUAAAUUAAAAAUAGUUUUCAUUGCACCAUUUGUUCAGCUUCUUUUUACUUUAAUUUUGUUGUUGUCAUCAGUUGCUACAGCUAUAUACCAAAUACCUACUAAGAAUAAUGGGGGUGCACUAGCAUGUAAGCCGCCGUCUCUCUCGAUGUGAGAAGAAGUAAGGAAGCGAAUGUCUAUUAUUAAACUACCGGACAUUGACUUUUUUAAUUCGAAAUACUCACUAUUUAGAGUGAAAGUCGUCUUACAAGCCAGUGUUUUAUAGCGUUAUUUAAUUAUAAGUUUCUUUUAUUGUAACAGCAAAAAAAAUACUAACAUAAUUGUUUUGGUAUAUUUUGAAAUGUGAUUCUAAAACUGCCCAUUUUUUUGUAAUAUUAAUUUUGCUUUCGUUCUAAUAAAAUUAUUAUAAUUGCUGUUACAACUACUUGUCGAUAGAGGGCGCUACUUCACCUGUUUUAUAUCUGUGUUUUAUGUUUAAAAUUUGUGUACUCUGUGUAUUCCUUAAUAUUUGUCAAAUGGGCUAAAUUAAACUCAUUAGGUCAUUCUAUUAAUGAUUUAUUAAAACAAUUAGGUACCUGAAUGUAAUACUAAUGCUAAUCUUAAUUUUAAAAUUUCAUUUUGUUAUUAUUAUGAAUAUUAAUUGUAUGUAUCAUUUCUUGAUUAUGAUUUUCGAAUAAAUGAGUCUAAAUUCUGUCUGUUCUAUUAUUUUAAGUUUAACUACUUAGGCUGAGCUGCACCACCUAACUUUAACGGUAACUAUAACGAUAACCGGUGCUUUUUGUAUGGAGUUUGACAGAUUUUUGACGUUUGUCAAAGUUAAAGUAAGAUGGUGCAACAACUCAGCCACAUAGGUAGUAAGGUUAGUGCUGCUGGUAGUAAAAUUACAUCAAUAUUUAUU